UUUGAAUCCAAACGUCGGAGUGCUGCUGCUCUAGCUUUCGUCGCUCGCUGCAAAUUCUUCUUCAGUUACUCCAACGGAAAAUCUGCUGGGAGAGAGAAAGAGGAAAUAAACCAGAGGGAGGAGCUAGACCGACGAAAAUGUCGAGUUGGACGAUCGCUUUCAAGCCAUUCCAAAUCCCGGCACUCCUCAACCUCCCUCUCCGUCGUCCCCAAUUCGCCGCCGGCGGUGUCUUCGUCGGCUCCACUACCACCCUCUGCCGCUCUUCCCGCCUCGCUUCCUCUCCUUUCGCUUCCAUGUCCACCUUCACUCUCCCCUCCAAAAAAGAGGCUGUCAAGACUGAAAAGGCGCCGGCCGCUCUUGGCCCUUAUUCUCAAGCUAUCAAAGUCAACAACCUUGUGUUUGUCUCUAGGGUUUUGGGUCUCAUUCCAGAGACUGGGAAAUUCGUCUCCGAGAAUGUUGAGGAUCAGACGGAGCAGGUCCUCAAGAACAUGGGAGAAAUUCUGAAAGCUAGUGGCGGAGACUAUUCCUCGGUAGUCAAGACAACCAUCAUGUUGGCUGACUUGGCCGACUUCAAGAAAGUGAAUGAGAUCUAUGCAAAAUAUUUCCCUGCUCCAUUCCCAGCUCGAUCAACGUAUCAGGUAGCAGCAUUGCCGUUGAAUGCCAGGAUUGAAAUCGAGUGCAUUGCUGAACUUCCUCAGAAGAUCGAAGCUCAACCUGUCUAGGUAAAACAAACCUGAAUGUAGUCUUGGAAACCGAGGUUAGUAAUAAGCAAGCAUGGGAAGGGAUCUCGAUAAGAUGAAAAAUUGAUCAUUAGGCAUUUUCAGUUGUAAGCCUCUUGAAUAUGUGUGUCCACAACUGUUGUCCAGUUUGUAAGUUGGUGGCAGUACUCUGCUCGCCGAUAUCCUUCGUGUAGCAAUUCAAUAGAGAGGGUGACCUCCCUGUAAGAAUUUUAUGGUAAUGCACCCAGUGAGAGUUGAAUCUGUGAUGGAAAUAAGUAAUAACGCUUGGUAUCUGCAGCGUUCAUGUUUUUGGUGUUUGAAAU